GUCACUCACACUCCCACUAUAGACUUGUUGAAGAAAAUGGAGUUUAUCCGCAAAAUCUGGUUCAUAUGCUUCGCAAUUCCGUUUCUUUCAACCAUCUCAUUCUCACAGUCUACCGGAAACAGAGUAAAAUCCGCCGUUUUCCGAUCGCCGGCAAUUGAGCUCGAACCGGGAUCCGUUUCCAUGAAAUACUUUUACAACCUCGACUUUCCAAGAGGUCACAUAGCAAUCAAAGGUGUACAAGUUGAACUCGUGGACGAAAACAAUAAACCCAUUCCAUCCGGCGAAGCUUAUCUCCACCAUUGGAUCAUCACAAGGUACUAUCAGCGUAUAAAUACAAAAACCCAGAUUAAUUCAAAACUACCCAUCUUCAUCGAGCAGAGAAAUUCUGGCUUAUGCGAAGAACACGUAGGUCAGUAUUUCGGCUUAGGAUCUGAAUCACAGAAAACGAUCUCCGAUAUCCCAGAUCCGUACGGUAUUGAGGUAGGAAAUCCGUCAGAUAUCCCGGCCGGAUAUGUUGACGGGUGGGCGAUGGUUCCUCAUAUUAUUGACACGAGAGGUGUUGAAGAUAGGCUUGGAUGCACUGAAUGUGUUUGCGAACUUUAUAACUUAACCCAACCUGGAUAUAUAGGAGGAUUAUUCUGUUGCGGGGAUGAGACGAAUUGCAGAUUGAAAUCAGUAUUUAAAGGAAGGGAGAAGAUGAAGUAUUAUAUGAGAUAUAUUGUGAAAUGGGUUGAUUUUGAUGAUUCUGUUUUACCUGUUAGAAUUUAUAUUCUUGAUGUUACUGAUUCUUCCGGUGAAGAAUCGAUACAUAAUUGUCAGUUGGAGUACGAGGUAGAACCGUGUGAUGUUACUGGAAAGAUUGAUGGAGUUUGUAAACAUGUGAAGAGGGCGAGGUUCAGAAUGCCCAGAGGUGGGGGCAUUGUUUAUGCAGUUGGACAUCUUCAUACCGGAGGAAUCACUUCAACUUUGUAUCGUCAGGAUGGAGAAGUUAUAUGUUCUUCGAGGCCAAGUUAUGAAGAAGGAAAAGAACCAGGAGACGAGGAAAGUUACAUUUCAAGUAUGUCGGUGUGUUAUCCUGCGACAGAUUCUGUUAAGAUAUUGGAUGGUGAGAUUAUUGAACUCGAAACCAAUUAUAGCAACACCAAAAGACAUACCGGAGUUAUGGGAUUAUUCUAUCUUCUUCUAGCGGAUAGUCAUAAUCUACAUCAAUUGUCUUCAUUCAACUCUUCAUCAUCUUUACUUCAAGUUUCUUCAUCUUCUUUAUACAAGGAUUUCGUAUUGGAGAAGGUAGCAACAUUGUCUGUUACUGUUUGGGGAGUGGCCUUGUUUGGAUUGGCAAUAUUUAGUGUCGUAAUUGCAACUAUAAUUGCUAAACGGAAAAUAGAAGAAAGGAAGAGUGGCUACGAAUCUAUUUGAUAUAGUAUUCAUGUUUGUAAUAGUAUACUUCUAUUAUUGUGUUUGUAUUUUAUUUUAGUGGUUUGUAUGAAUAAAUAUUAAUCACCAAUAUGUAUAUGUGUUAUUAAGUGACCAUGUCAUUUUCAUGACUUAGUCAUUGUUUGAAUAUUGUGGUUUAACUAGUUUUUUAAUUUCUGUCUAAAUUGUAACUUUAUUGACCUAUGGGCUUCUCACAA